CGACGUUCAACGCUUUCCAUUUUAUAAAUAUAGAAAUUGCAGUCCUUUAGCAUUUAUGCAUGCUCAUAAUAUAUCUAUCUAUAUAUAUUAUACGUCCUCGAGGCUCUAGCUAGCAGCAAAACAAAUUAGUAAACAUGAAACUCUCAAGGAAGAGAAGUAACGACGGUAUUGGAGUACUGUUCCUGUUCUUAGCCUUAUUUUCAGCCGCCGCAGCAGAAGGUGGCCGGAGGAAGCUGAGAUCAGGUGAGGAGGGGUGGAUAACGGUAGACGGCGGCCACUUCGAGCUCAACGGCUCUCCUUACCUCUUCAACGGUUUCAACUCCUACUGGUUGAUGCAUGUCGCCGCCGAUGUCGGGGAGAGGAACAAAGUCACCGAGGUUUUGAGGGAAGCCUCCACCGCCGGUCUCUCCGUUUGCCGCACUUGGGCUUUUAGUGACGGCACCCAUUAUAACGCUCUCCAAACGUCCCCCGCCGUCUACGACGAACGUGUUUUUCAGGGGCUUGAUUUUGCGAUCUCGGAGGCAAGAAAAUUUGGGGUGCGUUUGAUACUUAGCUUUGUAAACAACUACAAUGACUUUGGAGGAAAAGCACAAUAUACGGAAUGGGCAAAGAAUAAUGGAACACAAAUCACCAGCGAAGACGAUUUCUAUACUCAUCCCGUCCCAAAGGAAUAUUACAAGAACCAUGUUAAGAAAGUGAUAACAAGAAUGAAUACUAUAACGGGGAUUGAAUAUAUGGAGGAUCCAACGAUCAUGGCAUGGGAACUCAUAAACGAGCCUCGCUGCAACGUGGAUUACUCCGGGAAGACCGUUAAUGGGUGGAUAGAAGAGAUGGCAAGCUACGUGAAAUCAUUGGACAAGAAACACUUGUUGGAAACGGGAAUGGAGGGUUUCUACGGAGAAAGCAAGCCAGAGAGACAGAUAUACAAUCCUGGUUACUCGGUCGGCACGGAUUUCCUCACCAGCCAUAUGCUCCAAGACAUUGACUUCGCCACCAUACAUGCCUACACUGAUCAAUGGGAGUCGGGAAAGAGUGAUGACGAGCAGAUGGCGUUCAUGAUGCGGUGGAUAUCAAGCCAUUGGCAAGACGCGGAGAACAUGCUGAAGAAGCCGCUGGUGCUGGCGGAGUUCGGGAAGUCGAGCCACGACCCGGGCUACACCCUCACCUCCCGAGACACCUUCAUGACCAGCGUCUACCGCGACGCCUACAACCUGGCCCACUCCAGCGGAACCAUGGCCGGGGCCAUGAUCUGGCAGCUCAUGGCCGAGGGCAUGGAAGACUGGGACGACGGCUACUCCAUCGUCCUGGCCGACUCCCCCUCCACAUCCGGUAUCAUCGCCGGCCAGUCCUACGUCAUGUCCACCUUGUCCCAGCACCUCUUCAGCCGCCCCCGCGCUCGCCCUUUCGGUCACGCCUACGACUACUGCACCCGCCAUCCCCGCCCUAUUCUCCGCCUCCCCCGCCAGCAUCCAGCUCGUCACCGCCACCAAGCUGCAGCUGCUGCUGGAAGAGCCGAAGCUUAGCUUAGCAGCUAGCUUCAUCAUAUCGUAUACGCAGGAAGGCUCAUACAUAUCGAUGUAGCAUAAUUAGUUCGUUAACUUUUACUCCGUAUAAUUUGUAAUAACAAUAACAGAUCGAUCCCGGCUAGCUAAGAUAAUAGAUGUACGUACGUACAGUUUCAAUAAGUCGUCCAAUUUCCGGCCCUUAGCUUCGUUGACCACAACGAGGAUUAAUGUGGUCUAGCUAAAUCAGGGAUCGAGCUAGUUAUAUUCUGCGUAUUUCAGGAUCGGGCUACUAAUAAAAAAAACUUGUUCAUGAG